UAUAUUUCACGACAACAAUCCUCCAACAGGAAGUCGAUUUUGACAGGUGCCAGUGCUGUGGUCAGUUUGGGCAGUUAAUUGACAGACUAUUCUGUCUCUCAUUAUGGCGGAAACGACUCUUUUGAAGUCAGAAAUUGACAGCAAAUUAGAGAAGGAAAGGCACAAUCUUCAGACUCUAAAUGAAGCUAUGAACAAAAGCAACAGUAACACACAGAAUAUGUUGACCAUCUUGGAGAGUUUCCAGAACAGACUGAAAAAGCUGGAAAGCACUGUAGAACCAGUAUACAAUGAAACAGAAAUGUUAAGAAGGAGACAAGAAAGUAUCCUUCGCUUAUGAAUUAUUCAUAUCUCAGUUUCCAAAGUUCCUAAAAGAGCUUGGUGUAAUACCAGAUGAAGAAAAUCCCACAACUUGUACAACUGC